AUGUACAGCUUUAUGGGAGGGGGCUUAUUCUGUGCCAUCGUGGGCAACAUCCUGCUGGUGGUCUCCACGGCGACGGACUACUGGAUGCAAUACAGACUGUCUGGCAGCUUCACUCACCAGGGCCUGUGGAGAUACUGCAUGUCUGGCAAAUGCUACAUGCAGACCGACAGCAUCGCUUACUGGAACGCGACCCGGGCCUUCAUGAUCCUCUCAGCGAUGUCGUGUUUUGCGGGAAUCAUCACAGGGAUCCUCUCCUUCGCUCACUUCUCCGCCUUUGAGCGAUUCAACCGUUCCUUCACUGCGGGGAUCAUGUUUUUUAUCUCCACGCUCUUUGUUUUGCUCGCUAUGGCCAUCUACACCGGAGUGACGGUCAACUUCCUCGGGAAGCGUUUCGGCGACUGGCGUUUCUCAUGGUCCUACAUUCUGGGCUGGGUCGCUCUGCUCAUUACCUUUUUUGCAGGUAUAUUUUACAUGUGUGCCUACAGGAUGCAUGAAUGCCGCAGAGUGGCCGGCCCUCGCUAAAACGCAAGAGGAACGUUUUCGAGAAACUCAAGCAAACACUCAAGUGUCUAAACAUGUACAGUAUAUACAGGUGUUUGGUAAUCUGAUCCCACUUAAAAAAGUACCAGUGCAAGUUGGCAGAAAGAUAAAAUACGCCACGUUCUGAUUCUGCAGGUUUUCCCUCAGGAUUUCUUUAGUCUCUAUCCCAACAGAUGCACAUUUAAGAUUAAAAAUAAAUCACACAAUCCUGAAUAAAACUGAAUCACUGUUCAUGCACAGAGAGACAAAAUCUCAAAUAAAAUCUCAGAUUAUUCUCAU